CUCCGCGGCUGACCGGGAAGCAGACGGCGGCGGUUCCGCUGCGCCGCCCGCGGCCUGAGCCCGCCCCGAGAUGGCGGCGCCGUGCCGGACGCGGACGCUGCAGGUGGUGGACACGGAGUUCAGCGCGGACGCGGUGGAGUGGUGCCCGGUGGAGGGCUGGCACAGCAUCCUGGCCUGCGGCACCUACCACCUCCGCCCGCCCGCCGCGAGCGACUCCCGAGGCAGCAGUGGUGCCUGUGACCGGACCGGGCGCCUCUACCUCUAUCACUACCACGAGGAGCAGCCUUUCAUCCCCCUCACCGAGAUCCAGAGGAUUGACACUGCUGCCAUCCUGGACAUCAAGUGGUGCCACAUUCCUGUUGCAGAACAUCCCAUGGUUGGCAUUGCAAACUCGACAGGCGCCGUGGAGUUUUGCCACCUGACUGGCAGUGAGAAGAACAGCUGCAUGCUGGAGCCUUGCUUCAGGGUGGAUCUCGGCGCACAGCGUCUGGCCUUAUCUUUGGACUGGUCCACAGGACGAGAGCAAUGUGGAUGUCCCUUGAGAGUCAUCAGCAGCGAUUCAGAGGGGAAGCUCAAUCUUUUCUCCAUAGAUGAAUCUGCUCCUUCUGUGCACGUCCUGAACCAGUGGGAAGCUCACAAAUUCGAGGCCUGGAUUGCUGCUUUUAACUACUGGGACACUGACAUUGUGUACUCAGGAGGAGACGACAGCCUGCUAAAGGGCUGGGACACCAGGUGCAGUCCAGAGGCUCCAGUCUUCACCAGCAGGAGGCACUCCAUGGGUGUGUGCAGCAUUCAGUGCAGUCCCCAUCGGGAGAACCUUCUGGCUACUGGCAGCUACGAUGAGCAUGUGCUGCUGUGGGACACGAGGAACAUGAAGCAGCCCCUGGCAGACACCCACGUGGAAGGUGGAGUCUGGAGGCUGAAGUGGCACCCAACGUGUGAGUUUGUGCUGCUGGCAGCCUGCAUGCAGAGCGGCUUCAAGAUCCUCGACUGCCGCGGCAGCAUGGCGGAGAACACGGAGGAAUGCCUCAUCCUGUCAUCCUAUGUCCUGCACAAUUCCCUGGCCUACGGGGCUGACUGGUCAAGGCUGUGUCCAAGGGAUUCCCUGACUGCCACCCAGGAGGCUGCUGCUCUGUGCCCAUGUUCAGAGGAGCCUGAGGGAAGAUCAGAGGAAGGAGAUGAGAGACUGAAUUUGCAAGUCCAAAACCUGAAGAUAAUUUAUGAGUCUCCUACAGCUACUUUUGAUGUGAUCUUGGAUGAGGAGAGUGAAAGCCCUGCCUUGCCCCUCCAAGCAGAGAGGGGGCCUAAGCUGUCUGGGGAUGCUGAUGCAAAGAGGAGCUGUGAUUUGGCUGGGGGUACCGGCCGAGGGGGAGGUCCCAGCUCAGCCAGUGGGUCUGACUCGGGAGCUGAGAGACGCAACGGGACAGGCGCGGGCCGGGGCGGGGAUGCAGCCAGGGCUGCAGACAGCCCGAGGCAAGUGAGCAUUGUGGCCACUUGUUCUUUCUAUGACAAUAUCCUGCACGUCUGGAAGUGGGAGAUGAGCCUGGGGACCCCUUCAGAGACGCCAGGUAGUGGAUCUCCCUCUGAAAGAACAGCUGCAGAUUUGCACUGACCAGUCCAGAGGAGAGGGGCAGCAGCAUCCUGUGAAAGCCACUUCUGAGCUUAGGGCCCCUCUCGUUUCUGGUGGGGUUCUCCAGUUUUACUGGCAAGUUACCAGCACCACUGAGCUUGUUGAGUCUUUUAAGCCUGGCACUGAAGGACUCUUGGGUGUUUUACUGCCAGCACUGAGCAAAGCCUUUGCUCUGAGGACUGUCAAGCACAGGCACAUAUAUUUGGCUUCCCAUUCCUGUCCCAGCUGAGAGCAGGACAGCUCUGGCUGGCCAAGGCUGCUCUCUGUCCCUUGUAUCUGAAUCCCUGCAAGGCUGCCUUGCAUCUGUGUGGCUGUUCUCUUAAGCCUGUUUUCUUUCCAUCACCACCCAAACUUGUCUGUGCUGUUUGGUGUAGACAGACAGGACCUGCUCAGAGCUUUUUGGCAUGCCUCAGGAAAGCCUGGGAGCAGAGGCUUAUGUGUGUGUGUGUAGCUGCUUGUGUGAUCUGUGAAAGAGGGUGACACUUGGACAGUGGAGGUGUUCCAGGCCAGGCUGGGUGAGGCACUGAACAACCAAGGCUAGUUAGGAAGCAUCCCUGCCCCUGGUGGGGAGGUUGGAGCAGAUGAUCACCGAGGUCCCAGCCAAGCGAGGCCAUUCUGGUACAGUGCAGUGUGCUUCUGGGGGUGCUGAGUAGAGAGAAGCUCUUCCUUAGAAAUCCACUAUGUCAGACAGCAGUUUGGUGCUGGGAACCUUUGUUCUGAGCAGGUCUUUUCUUGGAGGGAUUCUGGUCUGUCUGCACAGCUUAACUCCAUCCCACUCCUUCCUGGGUUGCAGUCUCACUUCAUUGUUCCCCAGCUACACACAGCCUGGUUCAGCACAACUCAUGUAGUGAGCUCCCCACCUUCUGUGGUGAGUGGUGACAGCCUGGCCCAGGCUGCCCGGAGCCGUGAGAGAUGCCCCACCCCUGGAACCGUGCCAGGUCAGGCUGGGGCUCAGAGCGACCUGCUGCAGUUGCAGAUGUCCCUGCCCACUGCAGGGGCGUUGGACUAGAUGACCUUUAGAGGUCCCUUCCCACCCAAACCAUUCCAUGAUUGCAGUGCCACACGAAACCGACUCCACAACCUCUUAGAAUCAUAGAAUCAAGCAGGUUGGAAGAGACCUCCAGGAUCAUCCAGUCCAACCUAGCACCCAGCCCUGGCCAAUCAACCAGACCAUGGCACUAAGUGCCUCAGCCAGUCCUUUCUUGAAGACCCCCAGGCACGGUGCCUCCACCACCUCCCUGGGCAGCCCAUUCCAAUGCCAAUCACUCUCUCUGGGAAGAACUUCUUCCUAAUAUCCAGCCUAUACCUACCCUGGCACAACUUGAGACUGUGUCCCCUUGUUCUCUUGGUAUCCAACUCCUCUUUUCUGCUCUCCACACAAACUUCCAGGUCCAAAGCCAAGAUCUUUCAUAUCUAAAGGUGAACAGCUUUAAGACCAAAACCUCCAAAAAAAGUAUGAGCAGUGUUUCCUGACAUCCUUGAAGCUCAAAACAAGUGCAGAAACCAAAACCUUACCAACAUUGCCCAAACUACCUCCAGGAACAGCUGCAGAAUUCCUCAUGGUUGCUCCAUUAGCUUGCUUUUUUUUCACUGUGAACUAUCAGCAGAACAGUGUUUCUGGAGCACUUUGUUAUCUUCCUAGAAACAAAAAACCAGCUUCAACUUGGUAAGUGACUUCUAGCUCGCAUGGUGUCUCUUCGGGGGGGGGUUCUCAAGAAUGAGUUGUGUGGAAGGAAAGGAACCACCAGCAACAGGUACCUGUAACAGUGCUGCACUCGACAGGGACAGCAGGACAGAACUGAACUGUUUUGAAACUCCCUUUUCCCAAGGUGAAUGUGUCUUCUACAAGAUGUCCUUGAGCACUGUUACAGGAAGAUUCCCAUCGGUGUAGUGAGCAGGAGCUUUUGGUAAAUAAAAUCACCCUAUUUUUGGAUGUUUCUAAAAUAAAACCAAUACAAGUGACA